AUGGAGUCAUACCUACACCAGGACGAGUUCGACUCAAAAAUACUAAGGGAAGUCAGCACUUUGGUGAAUAAAAAUUUCAAAAAUGCAGAAACAAGGUCGUCAGAAAAUUUGCAAGGCGAGCUUGAUAAAAUUUUUUUCAGAACGCUGCGAACACAUAAAGUAAUAGCAGAUAUAAGUGAAACUACGGGGAUAAAGGGAGAGAUAGUGAAACUACUCUUAAGAGGUUGCUUAAGAUAUGCAUAUAGAGAAUAUGAUAAUGACGUUAAACAGAUAGGAAAACAAAAUACUAGGCUUCGUUCAUGGCUGCGCCAGGCGCAGCAAAAAAAUCAGCCACAUGAAGAAGUACCAAAAAAAGUAAAUGAUAGUAAGUUUAAAGAACCUAUCAAAAUUCAGAAUGAACAAAGAAAAGUUGCAAAAAAGAAAGAACGUGGUAAAGAAAAAGUUAAGGAAAUUGCACUACCUGAACCGGUUGAUCAACAGCCGAUCGUAAAAAAUUCAAGGGGCGUAUGUGCAACAUCACGUGACAUAAUGUUUUACGAUAUACCAGCGCGGUAUAGUGAAAAUGAAGUGGUUUCAGCCAUUAAAAAUAUAGGUAAUGUCCAUAGAAUAAGGAUUAAAAAGCACUACAAAUACCAAUCGGUGAGAGCUGAAAUCAACUUAUUUGAGGAAUAUGAAAGUGAGUCUGUUAGAGAAACAUGGAAGGUAUAA